CCUUGAAUCAGCUAUCUAAUAAUAAAACCUCGCCUGACGAGAGGCAGCCUACCGCUAUCGAAAUAAAUUUAUUGCCUAGCAAGUCAUAAUGGCAUCAUCGACUGACAACCUCACCCGUGGCAUGAGCGUGAUGACAGUUGCGACUGUCCCAUCCUCUCUGGCCACACCGGGAUUCUUUACUCUGCCAAGAGAACUCCGUGAUGAGAUCUACUUCUUGCAUCUUGAUGAGAAGAAAUCAAGAGAUAUUUCCUGCUUUUGGUAUGAUGGCGUGUUCGAUCAGGAGGACCCCGAAGACCCCUACAUACCUUCGCGUUGGAGCCAGUCCCCGCUGUUUCUCGUCAAUAAGCAGAUGCGAGAAGAGGUAAUCCCGCUCUUCUUUCAGCGAUGCCAAUUCCGAGUUACGGCCACCUCGAAUGUCCGAGACUGGGUGAAAUACAGGAGAGCCAUAUCGCAGGGGCGUAUGAGUCUGUUAGAGAGGCACAUCCGCGUACAGCGCCUGUCCAUGGAAAGUGCGUAUUCAGGCCUCGCUUCAAUCUCACCCGGCCUCGCCGAAUGGCUUGAGUUGCCUGAUAUCAGGCCCCACGCGUUUUUUAAAAUCCUUCUAUUUGCCGAGCAGUUGUGCAGUAAUGAGCGGAUACGCGCUUGGACUCCUGAUGUAGGCAGGGUGUACAUCAACACUCGUGGCGAGCAGUUCAAAUACCAUUUGUUUCGUCCAGGUGCGGGUGUAGCGGAGCUGGAAGAAGACGACGCUAUCCAUUAUGGGGUCCAACACGGACUUAUAUUGGCGGCUCAGGAGAUAGUCGAGAAGCGUGAUGACUUUAAGGGUUUCUCCAUUGAGGACAUUGAGGCACUAGCACGGAGACUACGAGUUGAGCAGUGA